UUACCUCAUUUGUAAAGUGGUGACGAUACGAACUACAUACAUCGCGUUUUCUUACGAUACACAAGCGAAUUUCGACUUAUUUAGCAGAAAUGUAGCCGCUUACCGCUCAACCGACUCGUGCGGUAAUCCCAAUAUAAAUAAACUUAGGAUUUCCAUUGAUUAUUGUUGUUUAGAAGAGUGAUUAUCGCUAGUAAUAUCUUAAUUGUUUUUCGAUGUAAAGUAGUCUUGUUAUAUCGGUAAAUUAUCUAUGUAGAGUAGCGUUGUAUGAGUAGCACAGCGUUUGUACACUUGAAUUUUGCACAAAGUCAGCAUAGUAAGGGGUUUUGAAAAUGGGUCAUCUUUUGAGGAGCGCCUACCUGCUUGGAGUGGGGGGGAAGGAUGACGAUGAAGGCAUGUCGCUGGACGAGGGCAGACAAUCACAGAGGCCAUACCGGUAUGGUAUGGUGCUGCUUUGCGCCGGCGCGCUGAUCAACUGGCUGGGCCUGGCGGAGGACUAUGCAGAGCCGGUGCGCUAUGUGGGUGUGGCCUGCAUCGUAGCAGGCGCUCUGCUCAUCUGCGCCGCCAUGUGCUGCUGGCUGCAGUCGCCCGCCAGACAACCGCACAAUGAUCGCACCUCGCCUGACACACAUCAGAUCGACGAUCCAAUCCACGUGAUAUCGAUGCCCGACGAGGAGACGAUGCAGCAAAAGCCGCCGGAUUACGACAGCGUGGCGGGCGCGCCUCCCACGUACGACGACGCCAUCAAGCUGAACCCGGCACGCCUGCUGCCGGCCACAAGCAGUGCGGCACUGGACGGCGCCGGCGUUGGCGCUGGCCUCGCUAUGCCCGGCGUCGGAGCAGGUCUCGCCAUCCCCAGCGUAGGCGCGGGCCUCACUAUCCCCGGCCAGCCCGACGAUGCUCGCGCCCCGCCGCCGCCCGCGCCCGUGCACCGCGCCCACAUACAGCCACACAUGCAGCCCCACACGCAGAUCCCCAAGACGCCUCCACCCCCCUACAGACCGCCUCACGCCAUCAGAUGAAGGCUGUCCCGGACUGUGUUACUUUAAAUCGACUGCUGUUUCAUGUGAUGAGACUUGUAAAUAGACUUAGUUUCGUAACGCGUCGCCGUCGAUCUCGACGCCGGCGCCGCCGCGGUAUUAUUAUUAUUGUACGUACAUAUCCACGCAUGGAACGAACGUUUUUGUGUAUUUAGUAGGUCGAGCUUAGGAGCGAUGCGUACUUAUGUGAUAUUAAGGAAAUUAUCAUUAGUUACUUAAUAUAUCUACUGUACAUACGAGGAGUUUUGUAAAAUAGUUUGUUAUCAUAGUCUAAGUGAACGACUUCUCUUCCAAUUAACGUGAAUCGUAUGAUCUAAAUGACUAGAGGAUAAUCGAUAAUUCAUACUUAGAAGCUGUAGUAGCACUGUGCCAUCCAUAGCAUAAAGAUCCUGUCAUGUGUUAGCACUCAUACUUAUACUUUCUACCAUUGUCAAAUGUAUACAAUAUUAAAUUGAUGGUUUGUUCUACGAGCAUUAGUCAAAUACGUCCUUUAGGUUUUUGGUUCUAGUCUACAAAUGUUUACUCAAUUAUUAGUUUCUGAGUAAACACAGGCAUGCAUAAUUAAAUUUGUAUUUGUACAUACUUAUUGUGAUUGCACAACGCAAGGUCGCUCUACGGCGAUGCUCUCACAACCGUUGCGCCAGAACGAACAUUACUUGAACGCAUGAGUGAUUGCACUUGCACUGAGUGUGUGAUUGUAUAAUUAUAUGUCUCAGAGUCACUGGGCAUACUUGACUUUGAUGGCACGACGUUAUCAACCAAGUAUUUUAAAUACAACACUAGCCGCUACCAACGUUCAGUAACCGGAAAUGUGUUUAUGUACCUCAUUUGUCUCGACAGGCCCAUUUCAGUAAUUUCGACUAAGUACUUUCUUAUAAAUGUUUGGAAUGUUGUGCAAAGAUUUUACAGUAGUGCAAAUGCAAUAACUUUUAAUCAUUUUUACGACGAUAUCAAAAUGUAAUUUUAAGAAGGAAGCUCAGUAAAUAAAUCGACUAGAUCAUACAUAGGCCUACAACGAUCAGUAGCAGUGUCUAUUAUACGAAAAAAAUAUUGUUUUUCAGCACUGCCAAUGCAAUCCUAUCGAAUAACAUGGUGACUGCAGUUGGUUUGGAGUCGCAUAUUACACAAAAAUAACAGUAAAACAUUGGCAAUUUCCACAUGUUUUGUGUACUAGGCCUAAGUGACCAUUCAAAGAGCAAUACUAGAAUAACUUACAGUUUUUCAAGCGAGAGCUUUUAAUAAAAAAGGGACCAAUAUCUACUUACGUCACCGCGUCGUGUGGCUAUCUUUGUAACAACUCGAGAGAUUGUAAAUCCAACAGCGCGUGCCUGCAAUUUGUAGUGUUUUACAAUGCUGAAGUUGUGCAUUUAUUAUUUGUACAUUGUACAAAAUAAAGGAAGAUGAGAGUGUACAUACAAAAUAAAUGUUGUUGUAAAAAUAAAAA